GUAAGUCGAAAAAAUUGCUGGAAAGAAAAAAGAAGUCAAAAUGAACCUAACAAACAACCAGUUUGCAGCGAACACAACCACCAAUCUUGCCCUUGCAGGGAUAACUGCGAUCCUCUCCAUGCUUGGAACAACCUUUAUCGUUCUAACCUAUCUGUUAUGGAAUGAAAUCCAGUCGCCUUCACGGAGAAUUCUCGUCUACAUCUCUGUUGCUGACUUCUUCUUAGCCUUUGGGAAUUUGAUUGGAAUCCUAACAAGAAGUAAAAUCAUCUGUUUAGUCCAGAGUAUUGUAGUGACCUUCUCUUGUCUCUCCUCGUUCGCUUGGACAGUUAUUAUGGCAGUAUAUCUGUACUACAGUUGCUCUCGCAGAAAACUCAUUGCACGAGGAACACUCUUUUGCAUUUUCCAUACUGUCGGUUGGGGCCUUCCUCUUAGCAUUACAGUUAUAGCGUCGUACGGAGCAAAGCUGGGGUAUAACGCCGAUAUUGUAACGUCUGGUUGGUGUUGGUUCAGCAUUAGAUUGAGCUGGCAACAGCAAGUUGUUUGGAUGUUGGCCACGGGCAAAUUUUGGGAGAUUCUUUCUUACGUAAUAAUUUCAGUGCUCUAUUAUUUCGUCAAUAGAAAUCUUAGAAAACAGGUAAAUCAAGUGACCUUCAAUUUUUGCCUUUUAUUUGUCGUCGUUGUGCGAAAAAAAAUAAAUAAAUACAGGUAUCUUUCUUUUUUGAUUAAGUCCCACAGGCUUCUACUUGACGCAAGAAGUGAAAAAUCCGUGAAAAUAACAGAGGUGAAGCUGAUAAUUGUACCUCUGAUCUUCAUCUCUUUACACAUUUGGGGAACGAUUCGCUUCUUUAUUUUUGUUCAAACGGGACCCACUGUGAGCAAUCCAGAUACAUCCUGGCUUCUCUACUUUCAGGUGAGUUUGAAGGGCGAAGUAGGUAGGGGAGGGGAAGGAGAGGUUUAUUGCUUAUCCGAAUAUUUCUAUAUUUUUUUUAACUUUCAGGGUAUCGGAGAUAACGCUCAAGGUUUUGCUAACUUCAUCAUCUUUUGUUUCUGCACCGAGAAAGUACAAAGAAAGAUACGGUUGUUUUUUAGCCAGUGUUGUGGCCGCGAAUGGCCCUCAGAAACAACUGUUACUAUAGCAACUGAAAGAUCAGUUCACGAGUACGGAUCAACGCCUGCCGAGAAAAAGGUAGAAUACGAUCCAACAUAUGCUGACUUGAGUUAGAAUGGUCAUAGCAAAGCAAGGUUUUGAUUUUUGUUUGUUUGUUUUUGUUUUUUGUCAUUUUU